GCUGUUUGACAGUUCACGUGACGGUAUACUUUCAGUCCGCUGGCAUGGCUUCGCAAGCUCCUGCUGAGUUUUGGCUGGGCAAGGAAACUUUGAAGGUUCCUAUGAAACUAUUUGCCCUAAAUCGGCGAAGGCUAUGUGAAAGACUAAAAAAGAAUCCAGAUGUCCCCAAAAAUGCUUACAUUGUACUACAGGGUGGAGAACAACAACAAAGGUACUGCACAGACACAGAUAUUGUCUUCCGACAGGAAUCCUUCUUCCAUUGGACAUUUGGAGUCACUGAAGCAGAUUGUUAUGGAGCUAUUGAAGUUGAUACUGGAAAGUCAAUCGUAUUUGUCCCUAAACUUCCGGAAAGCUAUGCAACAUGGAUGGGGCCUAUUCACCCUUGUGAACACUUCAGAAAAAAAUAUCAUGUUGACGAAGUGCAGUACACAUGUGAUAUCGCUAAUGUACUGGCCUCUAAAAAACCUUCUGUUCUCCUAACUCUGCGUGGCUUGAAUACAGACAGUGGAAGUACUACUCGAGAGGCUUCUUUCGAAGGAAUUAGUCAAUUUAAAGUGAAUAAUACUAUUCUGCAUCCAGAAAUCGUAGAAUGCCGUGUCAUUAAAACAGAUAUGGAAUUAGAAAUUCUUCGCUACACCAACAGGAUCUCAAGUGACGCUCAUAAGGAGGUCAUGAAGGCAGUGAAAGCGGGAAUGAAAGAAUAUGAAGCAGAGAGCUUGUUCCAGCACUACUGCCUUGCUCGUGGAGGAAUGCGUCAUACAUCUUACACCUGUAUCUGUGGCACUGGAAACAACUCCUCUGUUUUGCAUUAUGGGCAUGCUGGUGCACCAAAUGAGAAGACUGUUGAAGAUGGAGAUAUGUGCUUGUUUGAUAUGGGUGGAGAAUAUUACUGCUAUGCCUCAGAUAUCACCUGCUCAUUCCCAGUCAAUGGCAAGUUCACACCAGACCAGAAGGCUAUCUAUGAAGCUGUUCUCAAAGCAUCUCGUGCUGUAAUGAAAGCCAUCAAACCAGGGGUCCUUUGGCCAGAUAUGCAUCGUUUGGCAGACAGAAUCCACCUGGAAGAGUUGACUAAAAUUGGUAUCCUGAAAGGCAAUGUGGACGAUAUGUUAAAGGUUCAUUUAGGUGCAGUGUUCAUGCCUCAUGGUCUGGGACAUCUUAUUGGAAUAGAUGUUCAUGAUGUUGGAGGUUACCCAGAGGGGAUCAGUCGGAUUGAUCUGCCAGGUCUCAGAAGUCUGCGUACUGCCCGUUGUCUCCAGGAAGGAAUGGUUCUAACUGUGGAACCGGGUAUUUAUUUCAUUGAUCAUUUGCUAGACAAGGCAGUGGCUGAUCCAAAUCAGAAUUGUUUCAUCAAUAAUGAAGUGUUGCAGCGGUUCAGAAGAUUUGGUGGGGUGCGUAUUGAAGAUGGCAUUGCAGUCACAGCUAGUGGCAUGGAGUUGCUUACAUGUGUCCCUCGUACUGUGAAAGAAAUCGAAGCAUUCAUGGCUGAAACACCCGAGUUUUCUAAAUCAUUUUAACAUCUUUAAAGCCAACUGCAUCAAAGGAUAUACACUCUCUGUAAUAAUCAAAUAUUGAUAUUGCUUGUAGUGCUGUAUAUGAUUUCUUUUUAUCACUACUACUAAUAACCUGUCAAGCAAAAUUAACAGAAUAUUUGUUUCACUUUUUGUAAUCCACAAAACCAGAUCAUUGUAGUUAACCAUUUUAUAAUCAAAUGAACUAUACCCAGAAUUAUGUACUUUUAUAUCAGCUUUGGUAUAAUUGCUUUUUUGCUGACCAUUUAGAGUGACUGCUAAUAAACUAGCUAAUUAGGCAGUAACUCUGUACUAGAGAAAUAAAGCCAAAUUCCUUUUUCA